AUGUCUAGAUCAUUCCGCCCAAAGCGCGCUGGGGAAGACUACAGCCGGACCCACCAUGGCCUAGAAGAGGAAGCUUCAACGUCCAAGAAAGCGCGCUUCGACCUGCGCAACCCGUCGGCCUUGGCCCCAGACGAGCUUGAAGACGACGCAGUUUUAGACGCCGACGAGAUUGGCCGCCGAGGACAAGGCGUGCGGCGCAAUGCUGUCAACCUGGAUGGAUACCAAUCAGACAGCGAUAACGAGGGCUACGACGUGCGGGCAGAGGCAAGGGCCAAGGCUAAAAAGCAACAACACGCAGACGAGGAUGAAGAUAUGUUUGCAGAUCUCAAAGAAGACGACGACGAAAACGAUGCCGCAGAACCGCUCGACGAAGACGAUGCCUAUCGACAGAACAAGAAAACCGUACAUUUCAUGAAAAACGAACAAAUAGAGGGACAAGUUGAAAGCUCCCGUGGUGGUCGCGCUGUCCGUGUGGACCUGGCUGAUCCAAGCGGUAAGCGAAAGCUAAGAGCAGAAGAAGCAGAGAGCGAAAGUGAAAGCGAGGUGGACGACGAGGAACGUGAUCGCGUCGACACCGUGAUCGAUGAGGAAAUUGGAGCCGGUGGGAAGAAGACUCAUGCGCCGCUUAUCGAUGCCUUCAAUAUGCGAAACGAACAAGAAGAAGGUCAAUUUGACGACCAAGGAAAUUACAUCCGAAAGGCCGUCGACCCGGAUGCGGUUCAUGAUACAUGGCUAGAUGGCCUUUCAAAGAAGGAUAUCCGGCGAGCGAGAGAAGCUGCUGAUAAGCGGGAAACUGAACGACGCGAAAAAGACAAGGAGAAUGACAGCCUUCUUGCCAGCGACUUGCUUCGCACUCUCAUCAGUCAUCUGCAGCGCGGAGAAACCGUACUUGAAGCUCUUGCAAGACUCGGGAAAGGACUGCGCAAGAGGCCUAAAUGGCAAUCAAAACAAAGAAGCAAGAACAAGAAAGCUAAGAAUGGCCUCGACAAUGGCGAAGCAAACGACGACGCUGAAAUGGCCGAAGAAAACCCAGAAGAAGUUGCCCGAAAGGAGGCCAUCGAAAAGGUCACAGGCGCAGCAGAUCUUCUCUUGACCAGGGGACAGACAGACAUCUACGAUUCAGAGAGGGAGGUUUUAACCCGCCAAUACUUGCGCGAAACAGGAGAAGAAUGGGUAGAUCCUCCAAAAGCGGACGAAAACCAGGCUCUAGAGGCGGCUUCAGGGGCAUCCAAGGCGUGGGAAUACCGUUGGUCAGAUGCUCGAGACGGCGGUGAAAUGCAUGGGCCCUAUGAUAGCGCCAUGAUGCAGUCGUGGAGCGAUGCUGGAUAUUUUGGAGAUGGUGUUGAAUUUCGCAGAGUAGGCGAUUCGCAGGAUAGCUGGAGUCGCGUGACUACGUUCUCAUAA